AUGCUGCCACGCCCCUCUGCCGCCGACGAUUCCCACCAGAAACUCCUUGACCAGCUCGACAUGGCCCGCAUCCCACGACCCUUCCGCAACCCUCACUGGAAACCCUCGGCCCGCCGUAACAAAAACGUAAAACAAAUCCUCUCUGAAACCUCGCGAAAGGAAGCAUCAGUUCUCGCAAGCCAGAAUAACUCCGGUGCCUCAACCCCGUUCGCCGCCCCAUCGAGCACCACCGCCGCCGCCGCAACACCUGCUACGGAGAACGGUACUGGUGACGGCACUCCCGUGACACCGGCCACUGCGAUAGGUGCAGGUGUAAAUGUGGGUGCGGCAUCACGACCACCCAACAUUGCCCAGGCGGCCCAGAGUCUCUCAACCCUGGUACUGGAGAAGAAUUUCCGCACCCUAGCGCAAAUGGGAGGUGUGAUGGCGAAUGGAAUGGGGCCUGCGGUAACAUACACGAAUAUUGAGUCAGCGCCCUCGCUGCACCCGUCGUCGCAGAAGAGAUACUGUGAUAUCACGGGCCUGCCGGCGCCGUAUACGGAUCCGAAGACCCGAUUACGGUAUCAUGACAAGGAGGUUUUUGCGGUUGUGAGGUCGUUGGGACAGGGGGUUGCUGAGAGUUAUUUGGAGGUGCGCGGGGCGCAUGUUGUGUUGAAGUAGGGGGAUUUUAUGGUAUUAAUGGAUACUUUUUUCUUAUCUGAAUGGGACGCAUGGUUCUUCAAUUUCACUAUGGAUGGGACCAAAGAGACAGCAAAUUCUUCUCCAUCAAGAGGAAAUCCGACCGGAAUAAAAAUCAGAUGUUAGGCCAUCAAAGUCAAGCCCCACGCAGCCCACCCCACCCCUUUCGAGCUGGGGUUCAAAUUUGUGGCGCUCCGGCUUAAUCGUGACCUUUAGUUUUGAUCUCCGCCUGCACAUAUAAAUGAUAAUAAAUGCAGAAAAUCCGACGCGUUACCGCCGUCCCAUGGGGGAUGGCAGUUACAGUGGCAUAGACUCAACUGUGGCCGUGGCGGGCUGGGUUGGGGAUGGUAAAAGGGAUGGAAAAUGAGGAAUGUCUUUGGUAAGGAUGAAGGGGGAAUAACAAUAGGUUUGCAAGAGAUGUAUACUUUAUGAUGCAAGAGUAGACAAGAUGUGAAUAUUUAAAUUAGCCAAUUGUUUAUGAGUGCAGAUAGGAUCUGCCAACCACUUAUUUUCAUUCGACAAUGAAGAAAGACGUUUCAUUUUCAG